GAAAAAAGGAGGAAAACAGGGCUCCCUCUCCAUCUCCCCCAACUCUCCGUGUUAUUCUGCGUUAUGCGUAGCGUUUCAGCGGCAGCACCAUCAGCCGCAUCGUCAGUACCGGGAUCUGCCUUCCACGCCCGGAGAUACGAGAGGCCGGGCCUCACAGUAGACGAAAUCGAAGAGAUCAAAGAAGGUGGGCAACGCAAAACGAACCUGGAUGCAUGACGGGCUGUAUACAUCCAUCCAUCGAGUCUAUGCUUCCCUAUGUGGCUGCUGCGUGCAGCGUUUGACCUGUUCGACGUUCACCAGACCAACCAGAUAGGUACCUGACUGAGUGACGGGCAUGAAUGGACGUUGUGUGUAUGGCGGCUGUGGGCUGUGCAUGUGCUGCAGAUGCCAAGGACCUGAAGAAGGCCCUGCUCUCACUCGGACUCGACGCAAAGAACCAGACACUCUACCACGUGUGUGUGCCUAGAGAGGCAGGCAGGCGUGCUGCGUUGCUCUUUCGUGUUUAUUGCUUCAUUGGUUCGAUGGUUCAGAUGGUGAGUGACCUCGACGAGCAGACGUCCCACAGGCUGUCGUUUGAGGACUUCCUCGACAUGAUGACAGCGAAGACGUCAGAGCGGGACACCAAAGACGAUAUCAUGAAGGUAUGCAUGCACACACCUGACCCGUUUUCUUCUCUCUCUCUGUGUGAUGCAUGCAGGUGUUUCAUUUGUUUGAUGAGGACCGCACGGGCAGCAUCACCGUGCAGAACCUUCAGCGAAUCGCACGGGAACUGGGUACGCAAUGCGCUGCACUGCAUGCAUGUAUGGACUGCACAACGACUAGGUGAUGGCACCACAUGGAUGGAUGGAUGGAUGGAUGGAUAGAUGAAUUCAACGCCCCUGUCUGUUGUCUUUCAGGCGAGCUGAUGACGCAGGAAGAGUUACAGGUCCGUCAGAACUCUGACCCGAUCCACCCACCCCUGCACACGGGAGCGUAUUUCUCGUCCCUGUGUUUGUUUAUGCAGGACAUGAUAUCCCGUGCGGAUAGCAACGGCGAUGGGGAGGUGUCCCCGGAGGACUUCUACGCCAUCAUGACCAAGAAGACAUUCCCUUAGAUGCACGCGGACACUUAGAUAGAGAGCCGAACGGGGGAAUGCCUUGCUAGCUUAGGCGAGGGGUGCGUGAGUGUCUAAGCAUGCGUGUUUGUCGUUUGUCCUUUAUUUGUACAUAGCUCUGCAUGUAUGUGUAGGGGACGGACGAUCGGUGCUUCAAAACACCGGCGGAGAUGGCACGCCCCGCUCACAUGUAGCGAUCAUUCAUGGAACACGUCAUCGAUGAAUCAGAGACACGGC